AACAAACAGCUGAUAGUACAAAACAAAGAUAAGCCAAGUACUAAGUACUAAGUACAACUUUAGCCCAGUUAUAAAUUCACUUGUCAAUAACAAGGCCAAAAUGAUGUCACUACCCGACUCGGACUCUGAGGACGAAUUGCCGCCUGGCUGGGAAGAACGUGCCACAGACGAUGGCGCCGUUUGCUAUGUGAAUCAACAAACAAAAGUGUCGCAGUGGACGCAUCCAAGAACGGGACGCUCUAAGCGCAUCACCGGCGAGCUGCCGCUGGGUUGGGAGAAGUACUACGAUGAGCAGAGCAAACGUCAAAUGUUCCUCAACAAGGAGACGCAGCAGCGCACAAACAUUGAUCCACGGCUGGCAUUUGCGGUUGAAGAACCGACGCUCAAUGUGGCGCAAGUGCGUCAGAGAUUUGAUUCGAACAGUCGAGCAUUACAAGUGUUGCAUGGCAAGGAUCUGCAUGGCCGUCUGGCAUUGAUUACGGGCGCCAACUGUGGCAUUGGCUUUGAAACUGCACGCUCAUUGGCCCUCCAUGGCUGCGAGAUUAUCUUUGCCUGUCGUAAUUUGUCAGCCGCCCAGGAGGCCAUCGAACGCAUCGCUGUGGAACGGCCAGCAGCACGUGCCAGGUGUCGUUCCGUUUCAUUAGACUUGGCUUCGCUGCGCGCUGUUCAGCAAUUUGUGGCUCAGAUCAAGCAGAGCGUUAGCUACAUUGAUUAUCUUAUAUUAAAUGCUGGCGUUUUUGGCUUACCCUAUACGAAAACCGUUGAUGGUCUCGAAACAACAUUCCAAGUGUCGCAUCUAUCGCAUUUCUAUCUAACAUUGCAAUUGGAAUCGCUUUUUGAUCACAGAACACGCAUUGUGGUCGUCUCCUCGGAAUCACACAGAACUGCCAAUUUGCCGGCGGAUCAUCUAACGGUGCAGCAUUUAUCGCCGCCAGCAGAGAAAUAUUGGAGUAUGAUCGCCUACAGCAAUGCCAAGCUAUGCAAUAUACUAUUCGCACAGGAGUUGGCCCAACGCUGGAAACAACGUGGUAUUUCGGUAUUCUCGCUGCAUCCCGGCAAUAUGGUUGCAACGGAGCUGUCGCGUAAUUAUUGGUUUUAUCGUCUUAUCUUUGCGAUUGUGCGUCCCUUCACCAAGUCACUGCAACAAGCGGCUGCCACAACAAUCUACUGUGCAACGGCCAAUGAACUGACGGGUCUGUCGGGAUUGUAUUUUAACAACUGUUACUUUUGUGAGCCCAGCAAGCUGGCCAAGAGUGAGCCGCUGCAGCAGCAAUUGUGGACGCACAGCGAGCGCUUAAUCAGCGACCUAAUCACAACAAACAAUUAAUGUGCAA